AACAGAAACCAGUUGUCGAACGAACUUGCAAGUGGGUGGACGUUACUCGCGUCGUGUCAGUCAGUAGUGAAAUUUUGAAUUUUUUUUUCGAUUUGGAUUUUUUGUUGAUAUUGUGUUGGCUGAAGCCAAACUGACAUUCGAAGUCGACGGUGUGAAAAGUGCGAGGCAAAAGAUAUCGUGCUGCGAACCAAUAUCCUGGUAUAAGCGAAAACAUUGCGUGACUUGGGAACCCCCAAAGUGAAGCCCUAUUAGUGUCCGUGUGUGCUAAGAGAGAGACUGGAAGUGUGUAGAACUGUGCGGUGCCAGCAAAGGAUUACCCGGCAGAGCUCGAGUGUUAUAACGAGUUUGAACAAGUGAUUAUAUACAAAAUAACGAAAUCAGCAUCGGCAUGACAGAACUAAUGGAUUUAAGAAUGCAUCACCACCUUGCCCUCCAGACGGAGAUCUAUCGGCAGCAAAUGUUGCAGCGUCUACCAGAUCCUUACCCCACGAUGCUACCGGUGCCAGCGCCGAGGCCCCUGAUGUUGCCUCCGCGCUUCCCACUCUCAUCGGACGUCGAUAUCAAGCUGCAGAACAAGGAACUCUGGAGUCAGUUCCACCGGAUCGGGACGGAGAUGAUCAUCACCAAGAGCGGAAGACGGAUGUUUCCCUCGAUGCGACUUUCGAUCAACGGACUCGAGGCAGAGGAAAACUAUUGCGUCCUCAUCGAGAUGGUUCCCAUCAGCGAUUGUCGGUUCAAGUUCAGUGGAUCCCAGUGGGUGCCGGCGGGUGGCGCCGAGCCACAGAGCCCCCAGCGAAUGUACCUGCACCCGGACAGUCCUUCUCUCGGGUCCCACUGGACCUCCCAGCCGGUUGUUUUCAACAAAGUCAAACUGACAAACAACACGCUGGACAGCAAUGGACAUAUCGUUCUCACCAGCAUGCACAAAUACCAGCCCCGUAUUCACGUCAUCAAAACCUCGGACCCAUCGCAGAUUCCCUGGUCACCGCAGUCGCCAUUCACCUUCCCAGAGACGGAAUUCGUUGCCGUCACCGCUUAUCAGAACGAUCGCAUCACCAAGCUGAAGAUCGACAACAACCCGUUCGCCAAAGGAUUCCGGGAAACGGGCCAAUCCCGCUGCAAGCGGAAGGCCGGUCAGAUGAGCACGAGCUCGCGCUCCACGGAAGAAUCCGAGGAAUCCGGCGGAGAAUCGGGCCCCUCCCAGGAGCCCAAGCGCCUGCGCAUCGAAAGCGGCGGAUCACUGGACGAUAGUGACAUCUCUGUGAGCGAUUCAUCCUCCGGCACGAGCUCACCGGUUACGGUGGACGACCUGCAUCGCAACCCCCACGAAGAAAUGCUCCGAUCGCAUUCCGUCUCCUCCUCCGCCUACAGCCAAAACUUCCAGCACAUGCUGAACCCCGCUAUGGCCGCAGCCGGCUGGAUGGAUCUUAUGUUCCCGUACUUCCAGCAACCCCAUCUAUCGCUGCCGCCCAGCGCGGCAGUCCACCAGCAUCUCCAGCAGCAACUCCGGCGGGACUUUAACCCACUCCCGCUGCUACCGAGUGUGGUUUCACCCCGAGCUCCGCUCGAGAAACCCCUCGUCGUGGAAUCCAAGAAGCUGGGCUUCAGCAUCUCCGCCAUCCUCGGAUGUGAUCGGUAGAUCGCCUCGAUCGCCCCCCUCCCCACGCUUCCACGCAACAGCUUAAGCUCCACCAAAGGGACAAAAGUUAAGUCGACCAGCCAGCCAUAAGCGAGAAAUUCGACGCGCUAACAGAGAAACACGGGUGUAAAUUAGUUCCUCACACAUUCACACCUGGAUGCGACCGAUCGGCCGAUCGAAGGCCGCCAUUUGGGACCGGACGCGCGCACCGCACCGGGAAUGGAGGAAUUCAAAUCCCUCCGGGUGUCUCUUCCGGGACUCUCCGAAUCUCCGAAUGGCUAAGCAAACUUGAAUCAAACUCUCGGGAACGAAGACACUGAAAAAAGCGAACCAUGCAAUAAUCUUGUUUGCUGAAAACACGAUGCUGAGGCGAGUGCCGAAGCCCAAGAGAAGAAUCGGUGCCAUUGUUACGUGUGUGCGUGUGCGCGUGUGCGUGCGUCCACCGAGAAUGAUGAAUGUGUGCCUAUGAUCUCACUCUCGCGCUCACUACCCAUCUCAUUUCCCUCUUCCUCUCUUUAUUCAAUACGGUUCAGUGUGUGCAAUUACAGGGUAGCGAAGGGUAGCGCAGAGAAGAAUGUACAGAUGAGAUUAGCAGAGAUUUAGCAGAGUUUAGGGUAAAACAUGUUAGACUGUAGAUGAAAGAUGCAAUUGUUGAUUAUUUGUAGCAAAGUAGCGAAGAAAAGUGAAGUCAAGUGAGUACUUGUUCUUGUUUUUUUAUUAUUAUUUCGUUCUUCUUCUCCGCACCAAGCAAUGCAGAUAAUUGCUAGAAGCUUCACAGCGAAAAGAUGCCUCAAAGAAUCUUGUUGCAGUUGUAUAAAUUAUUGUUUCUAGGCUAAGUGGAUUCUGAAUAGAUUUUUAACGAAACAAAGAGACUGUAUGUGAAAAUAAACAAUGAUGUACUAUGA